AACAAACCAAUGUGAACAACAAGUUGACCAAGUGAAAGAAACGUCAUUACAAUUUCUUACUGCUCUGGAAGGAAUUGCUUUGUGAAUAUGAGAAUGUAAUUGUCGGCAGAGCUUUUUAUUUCUCGAGACUAGUUCUGUAGUUAUCUCUUCCUGAAAUUAGAGAGUAGGUGUUUUUACAUUGGCGCUGCGUCCUUCUUGGUAUUAUCGCAUCCUGAUCAUCUCAUCUUACCCAUUCCCUAGUUUUAUAAAUAAUCUCAGUCAUGAGCUUAAAUGGAUAUUUGCAUGAAAUUGUAGGGAAAGUUGAAAAAAUCAUCUCCUCCAAUGAAGCAGAAGUCAGUUUUAAAUGGAAUAACACUCAAAAAAUUGGAACCCUGGCAAAAGAUAAACUUCAAAUUGGUUGUAGGCCUGUGAACGCUAAGUUCAUUUCAGACUGUGUCCAUGUUGGAAGUAAGAUCAAGUUCGUUUGCACUAGUCCUGGAGCAGCAACUCCUGGUGGAACUCCACUAUGCAUCCUAAGAGCAUGGCGAAUGGAGGAAGGUGACAUUGGAUAUCCCACUUUCGGCUUCCCAAACAUUGUGCGACCGGGGUUGACAAAUGCUUAUGUCACUGUCAAUGAAAUUUCCAAGAAGCUUGCUAUUCUCAUCUACAAGAAUGAAGAGGGAAAAGAAGAAUCUGUUCUCAUGUUGGCGAGUAAACUGUACAUUGGGAAGAAAAGAGUCAACGGUAGCUUGCUCCAAGUUAUGACAGAAAGUGACUAUUUUUUCUGUGAUGCAGUACCUGUGAUUCCAUCAACUAAUGAUCAACAUUGCUCAUGGUUCGCAGUUUGUGUGUGGCGAGGCAAGAAACCAGCCUACUAUGAUGAAAAAAAGAAGGCUGUAACUUUCUCGGAGAUCACCCAAGAGCUGGCCCACUAUCCAUACAGUUUAUUUUUGUUUGCUGAGGGCCUCAUCAUGUGCCUCUUAAAUCAUGAAAAUGGUCUACUCUUGGGAGAAGUUGCACCAAAGGUUUUCCAAACAGUUCUUUUCAGCAGUUCUAUUUGUUACAUGGGCGACACUAAUUUUGCAAACACAGAUUUAAGAGAUAUAUUUAAAGAGCGAGACAGAGUGCGCUUUAUAGCUGUCAGAGCACCUGGAAAUCGAAUGGUUGCUCAGUGGGUUGCGACUUAUGUUGCACCCUUAGAUCCUGCUGAUAACGCAGACUUCUUAGUGCACGGAAUGAAAGUGCAAUGAAAAUCUUACUAUGUAUGUACAAAUCUUGAGACUCAAUUUCAAAAAAUCUUAGUUUUCCCCCCACCCUCACAAUUUUUUCUUUCCGUCAGAAUUUGUUUUUAAUUCCCCUUUGUUUUGAUUCAGUAUUAUCAUCCAGUUAUUUUCAAAGUAUUUGUGGUCUUAAAAUUAUGGAUGCAUGUAAUAAUAUGUAGUCCCUUUUUGGUAAAGUAAAGUUUUUAUAUGAGUCUUCGAAAUAAAUCAUCCCUUUUUUAUUAAACAUCAUAAAUGCUGUCUCAGAGAUUCUAAGACUGAUGCUACACCUGAAACAAUUUAAAAUUUUUGAAAUUUAAGUAAAGUCAUUUUCUUUCUCUUUUUCAAUUUUUGAUAAUAUAUUUUACCCACUGACUUUCUUUAUUUGGCCUAGCAAAUAAACUUCCUAUCUGGUCUAAAAGUUAUUACCAUAUUCUUUUUUUAAUUUUUGGUAAAAGUUUAUUAAAAAAUAACAAAAUAAUUGUACAAGAAACUCAUCACUCAAAAGGGUUUUUUUGAAGAAAAACUGUAUUAAUUUUUCUAAAGCUUAUACACAUCAAAAAUUAUUGCUGCUGCCAAUUUUAGUCGUGUUGUAAAAAAAUGUGUUAAAUGUUUGUGCUCUGAACUAUUAAUGAUUGUUGAACUGUCCUUGUCACCAAUUCAUUUCUGCAUUUCAUCAAUAUGCUAUUUCAAAUUCUUAACUUGAUUCAGUAAGUUUGAAAAGUUAACAGAAAAAGGUGUCCAAGUGUUUGGACCAAUGCUCUUGGAAUUUCUCUUUCGCAGUUAAGGAUAAUCAAUAGGUAUGAAUGUAUGUGUCAUGUUUGUUCCUUUUUAGCAAAUUAAAGUUUCCAUUAUCUUCAUAAUGAAGGUUGCCUUUUCCACCGAAUAUGACAAAUGUUGUCUAAGAGAUACAGGAUUGAUGCUACACCUACCUGUUAUUUUCGAGUUUUAAUCAUAGUCAUUUUCUUUCACUAUUUCGAUGAUUAACAACUUACUUAUCUCACUGGCCAACUUCCUCUGUGCCUUCAUCUAGCCUAUAUAUUUAACAAGGUCGCAAAGUUAUUAUGUUCUUUUUUAUAAAUAACGCAAUUCCAGAAAAGUACAAUUUUAUUUUAAGAAAAAAUUAUUACUAAUUAGGAUUUUUUUUCAGAAAAUGUUUUUUUUAAUUUGUUUAAACUCAUUUAUAUUGAAGACUAUGGCUGUUGUCAAUUUUUGUUAUGCUGUAAAUAAAUUUGUUUAAUAUUUUGUGCUAUCUUA